UACGAAUGUUUUACGAAAUUAUAACUUUUAUCAUAAACGUGAAAAUUGUUAAAAACAUUAAUACGAUAUUUCUAACCGUGAAAAGAAAUUAACCAAAAUGUUAGUGUUAUUUGAAACUCCUGCGGGAUAUGCAAUUUUCAAGUUACUUGAUGAUGAUAAGUUAACAGAAGUAGAAAAUCUUUAUCGUGAUUUUGAAACACCUGAAGCAGCUAGUAAGAUAGUGAAGUUGAAGCACUUUGAGAAGUUUGCCGACACUACUGAGGCUCUUGUAGCUACAACUGCUGCAGUAGAAGGUAAACUUUGUAAAUCAUUAAAGAAGAUACUUAAAAAACAUUGUAAUGAACUUCAAGAACAACUAGCUGUAGCUGACGCUAAGCUAGGUAAUGCUAUAAAGGAUAAACUGAGUUUGUCUUGUGUCAGUAAUACUGCUAUACAAGAAUUAAUGAGAUGUAUAAGAAGCCAGAUGGAUAGUUUAUUGGCUGGUUUACCUAAAAAAGAAAUAACAGCAAUGGCAUUGGGUUUAGCACAUAGCCUUUCUAGGUACAAAUUGAAAUUUUCACCUGAUAAAAUUGAUACUAUGAUAAUACAAGCUGUUUGUUUGUUAGAUGAUUUGGACAAAGAAUUAAAUAAUUAUGUUAUGCGUUGUCGUGAAUGGUAUGGCUGGCACUUUCCAGAACUUGGAAAGAUUAUUACAGAUAAUAUAGCAUUUGUUAGAACAGUAAAAGUAAUUGGAACUAGAGAGAAUACUAUAAAUUCAGAUUUAUCUGAUAUAUUAUCAGAAGAUAUAGAGGAAAAAGUAAAAGAGGCUGCUGAAAUAUCUAUGGGAACUGAAAUCUCUGAAGAUGAUAUUUUAAAUAUUCAACAUUUAUGCGAUCAAGUUAUUGAAAUUUCUCAAUAUAGAACACAAUUAUAUGAUUAUCUUAAAGCGAGAAUGAUGGCAAUGGCACCAAAUUUAACUGUUCUUGUCGGAGAGUUAGUGGGAGCUCGUUUAAUCUCACAUGCUGGGUCUUUAAUUAAUCUUGCUAAGCAUCCAGCAUCUACUGUGCAAAUACUUGGUGCUGAAAAAGCUCUCUUUAGAGCAUUAAAAUCAAAAAAAGAUACUCCAAAAUAUGGUUUAAUUUAUCAUGCACAACUUGUUGGACAAUCUUCAACAAAAAAUAAGGGAAAGAUGUCCAGAAUGUUAGCUGCUAAAGCUUCAUUAGCAACUAGAGUAGAUGCAUUAGGAGAAGAUGGCAGCUUUGAUCUUGGUGCUGAACAUAAAGCUAAAUUGGAAGCACGUUUGAGGAUUUUAGAAGAAGGAAAUUUUCGUAGAAUUAGUGGCACAGGCAAAGCAAAAGCAAAAUUUGAGAAAUAUUAUACUAAAAGUGAAUAUAUUCAGUAUCCUGUUAAUGAGGAUGUAACUCUUAAACAAGGGAAAAGAAAACAUUCUGAAAUUGAAGAUAAAAAAACGCUGAUCGAAGAAAUUACAAAGCCAGAUAAAGAAAUUACAAAGCCAGAUGAAGAAAUAACAAAUCUAGAUGAAGAAAUUUCAAAGUUGGAUGAAGAAAUGCCUAAGAAAAAGAGAAAGAAGGAGGUUAGUGACAGUAUAGAUGAAUCAGUAACUCAGCAAGUGACUCAGUCAGAAGAAAUUGUGACAAAGAAAAAGAAGAAAAAAAGUAAACUACAGAAUAUAGAAGAUAAUAUUGAAUCAAGCUUUAAAUGUGAAGAAGAAGGAGAGAAAGCAGUAGAAAAUAUUCCUGGGAUAUCAGGGGAGCAAAUAAAGAAGAAAAAAAAGAAAAAAGAUAAGGAUCAGGAGACUACAUUCACUACAUUCACAAAUGAAGAAACAAGUGAAAAAGUUAUAAGCGAAAAAAGAAAAAAAAAGAAAAAGAAAUCUCAAGACGAAUGAAAUUUUUUCAACAAUUCAAUUUAAAAAAGUAAUUUUUUUAAAUAUAACUGUUCAUUAUUGAUUAUAAACUUAUAUGUAAUUAAAAAAUUAAUUUUCUUAAAAUAUA